AUGGACGUGGACGUGGACGUGGACGUGGAUAUGGACGUGGACGUGGACCUGGAAAUGGACGUGGACGUGGACGUGGACGUGGAGGUGGACGUGGACAUGGACAAGGACGUAGAAAUGGACGUGGACGUGGACGUGCACAUGGACGUGGACGUGGACGUGGACAUGGACGUGGACGUGGACAUGGACGUGGACGUACAAAUGGACAUGGACGUGGACGUGGACAUGGACGUGGACGUAGACGUGGACGUGGACGUGGACUUAGACGUGGACGUGGACAUGGACGUGGACUUGGACGUGGACGUGGACAUGGACGUGGACAUGGACGUGGACGUGGACAUGGACGUGGACAUGGACGUGGACAUGGACGUGGACGUGGACGUGGACGUGGACAUGGACAUGGACGUGGACAUGGACGUGGACGUGGACGUGGACGUGGACAUGGACGUGGACAUGGACGUGGACGUAGACGUGGACGUGGACGUGGACAUGGACGUGGACGUGGACAUGGACGUGGACAUGGACGUGGACGUGGACAUGGACGUGGACGUGGACAUGGACGUGGACGUGGACAUGGACGUGGACAUGGACGUGGACUUGGACGUGGACGUGGACUUGGACGUGGACGUCGACGUGGACGUGGACGUGGACAUGGACGUGGACGUGGACAUGGACGUGGACGUGGACGUGGACGUGGACGUGGACGUGGACGUAGAAAUGGACGUGGACGUGGACGUGGACAUGGACGUGGACGUAGACGUGGACGUGGACAUGGACGUGGACUUGGACGUGGACGUGGACAUGGACGUGGACAUGGACGUAGACGUGGACGUGGACGUGGACAUGGACGUGGACGUAGACGUGGACGUGGACAUGGACGUGGACGUGGACAUGGACGUGGACGUGGACGUGGACAUGGACGUGGACAUGGACGUGGACAUGGACGUGGACGUGGACAUUGACGUGGACGUGGACAUGGACGUGGACGUGGACGUGGACGUGGACGUGGACAUGGACGUGGACAUGGACGUGGACUUGGACGUGGACGUGGACUUGGACGUGGACGAGCAUGGACACGUGGACGUGGACGUGGACGUGGACGUGGACCUGGACAUGGACGUGGACGUGGACGUGGAUGUGGAUGUGGACGUGGACGUGGACGUGGACAUGGACGUGGACAUGGACGUGGACGUGGACGUGGACGUAGAAAUGGACGUGGACGUGGACGUGGACAUGGACGUGGACGUAGACGUGGACGUGGACGUAGAAAUGGACGUGGACGUGGACGUGGACGUGGACAUGGAGAUGGACGUGGACAUGGACGUGGACAUGGACAUGGACAUGGACGUGGAGGUGGACGUGGACGUGGACAUGGACGUGGACGUGGACGUGGACGUGGACGUAGACGUGGACGUGGACAUGGACGUGGACUUGGACCUAAACGUGGACAUGGACGUGGACAUGGACGUCGACGUGGACGUGGACGUGGACGUGGACGUGGACGUGGACAUAGACGUGGACGUGGACGUGGACAUGGACGUGGACGUGGACGUGGACAUGGACGUGGACGUGGACGUGGACAUGGACGUGGACGUGGACAUGGACGUGGACGUGGACGUGGACGUGAACGUGGACGUGGACGUGGACAUGGACGUGGACAUGGACGUGGACUUGGACGUGGAGGUGGACGUGGACGUGGACAUGGACGUGGACGUGGACAUGGACGUGGACGUGGACAUGGACGUGGACGUGGACAUGGACGUGGACGUGGACGUGGACGUGGACGUGCACGUGCACGUGCACGUGCACGUGCACGUGGACGUGGACGUGGACGUGGACGUAGACGUGGACGUGGACGUGGACGUGGACGUGGACAUGGACGUGGACAUGGACGUGGACGUGGACGUGGACAUGGACGUGGACGUGGACCUGGACGUGGACGUGGACGUGGACGUGGACGUGGACGUAGACAUGGACGUGGACGUGGACGUGGACGUGGACCUGGACGUGGACGUGGACGUGCACGUGGACAUGGACGUGGACGUGGACGUGGACGUAGACGUGGACGUGGACGUGGACGUAGACGUGGACGUGGACGUGGACGUAAACGUGGACGUGGAAGUGGACGUGGACGUGGACGUGGACGUGAACAUGGACAUGGACGUGGACGUGGACAUGGACGUGGAGGUGGACAUCGACGUGGACGUGGACGUGGACAUGGACGUGGACGUGGACAUGGACGUGGACGUGGACGUGGACGUGGACGUGGACGUAGAAAUGGACGUGGACGUGGACAUGGACGUGGACGUAGACGGACAUGGACGUGGACUUGGACACGUGGACGUGGACAUGGACGUGGACGUGGACGUGGACAUGGACGUGGACGUGGACGUGGACAUGGACGUGGACAUCGACGUGGACGUAGACGUGGACGUGGACGUGGACGUGGACGUGGACGUGGACCUGGACAUGGACGUGGACGUGGACGUGGACGUGGACGUGGAUGUGGACGUGGACGUGGACCUGGAAAUGGACGUGGACGUGGACGUGGACGUGGAGGUGGACGUGGACAUGGACAAGGACGUAGAAAUGGACGUGGACGUGGACGUGCACAUGGACGUGGACGUGGACGUGGACAUGGACGUGGACGUGGACAUGGACGUGGACGUACAAAUGGACAUGGACGUGGACGUGGACAUGGACGUGGACGUAGACGUGGACGUGGACGUGGACUUAGACGUGGACGUGGACAUGGACGUGGACUUGGACGUGGACGUGGACAUGGACGUGGACAUGGACGUGGACGUGGACAUGGACGUGGACAUGGACGUGGACAUGGACGUGGACGUGGACGUGGACGUGGACAUGGACAUGGACGUGGACAUGGACGUGGACGUGGACGUGGACGUGGACAUGGACAUGGACGUGGACAUGGACGUGGACGUGGACGUGGACGUGGACGUGGACAUGGACGUGGACGUGGACGUGGACGUGGACGUGGACAUGGACGUGGACAUGGACGUGGACUUGGACGUGGACGUGGACUUGGACGUGGACGUCGACGUGGACGUGGACGUGGACAUGGACGUGGACGUGGACAUGGACGUGGACGUGGACGUGGACGUGGACGUGGACGUGGACGUAGAAAUGGACGUGGACGUGGACGUGGACAUGGACGUGGACGUAGACGUGGACGUGGACAUGGACGUGGACUUGGACGUGGACGUGGACAUGGACGUGGACAUGGACGUAGACGUGGACGUGGACGUGGACAUGGACGUGGACGUAGACGUGGACGUGGACAUGGACGUGGACGUGGACAUGGACGUGGACGUGGACGUGGACAUGGACGUGGACAUGGACGUGGACAUGGACGUGGACGUGGACAUGGACGUGGACGUGGACAUGGACGUGGACGUGGACGUGGACGUGGACGUGGACAUGGACGUGGACAUGGACGUGGACGUGGACAUGGACAAGGACGUAGAAAUGGACGUGGAGGUGGACGUGGACAUGGACGUGGACAUGGACGUGGACGUGGACGUGGACAUGGACGUGGGCUUGGACCUGGACAUGGACAUGGACGUGGACAUGGACGUGGACAUGGACGUGGACUUGGACCUGGACGUGGACAUGGACGUGGACAUGGACGUCGACGUGGACGUGGACGUGGACGUGGACGUGGACGUGGACGUAGACGUGGACGUGGACGUGGACGUAGACGUGGACGUGGACGUGGACGUGGACGUGGACGUGGACGUGGACGUGGACAUGGACGUGGAGGUGGACGUCGACGUGGACGUGGACGUGGACAUGGACGUGGACGUGGACAUGGACGUGGACGUGGACGUGGACGUGGACGUGGACGUGGACGUGGACGUAGAAAUGGACGUGGACGUGGACGUGGACAUGGACGUGGACGUAGACGUGGACGUGGACAUGGACGUGGACUUGGACGUGGACGUGGACAUGGACGUGGACAUGGACGUAGACGUGGACGUGGACGUGGACAUGGACGUGGACGUAGACGUGGACGUGGACAUGGACGUGGACGUGGACAUGGACGUGGACGUGGACGUGGACAUGGACGUGGACAUGGACGUGGACAUGGACGUGGACGUGGACAUGGACGUGGACGUGGACAUGGACGUGGACGUGGACGUGGACGUGGACGUGGACAUGGACGUGGACAUGGACGUGGACUUGGACGGGACGUGGACUUGGACGUGGACGAGACACGUGGAUGUGGACGUGGACGUGGACCUGGAAAUGGACGUGGACGUGGACGUGGACGUGGAGGUGGACGUGGACAUGGACAAGGACGUAGAAAUGGACGUGGACAUGGACGUGCACAUGGACGUGGACGUGGACAUGGACGUGGACGUGGACGUGGACGUGGACGUGGACGUGGACGUGGACGUGGACGUGGACAUGGACGUGGACGUGGACGUGGACGUGGACAUGGACGUGGACGUGGACGUGGACAUGGACGUGGACGUGGACGUGGACAUGGACGUGGACAUCAACGUGGACGUAGACGUGGACGUGGACGUGGACGUGGACGUGGACCUGGACAUGGACGUGGACGUGGACGUAGACGUGGAUGUGGACGUGGACGUGGACCUGGAAAUGGACGUGGACGUGGACGUGGACGUGGAGGUGGACGUGGACAUGGACAAGGACGUAGAAAUGGACGUGGACAUGGACGUGCACAUGGACGUGGACGUGGACGUGGACAUGGACGUGGACGUACAAAUGGACAUGGACGUGGACGUGGACAUGGACAUGGACGUAGACGUGGACGUGGACGUGGACUAA